GGUCGCGCGGCCCCCGCUCACCUCAGAGCCGCGGCCGCUCGGACGGCGGCUCGCAGGGGACACGCCCGAGGGAGCGGCCGCCGCCGAGCUGUCUGAGUGCCUUUAGAAAGAAGACAAUUAAAGUGACGUUUGUACUAGACCAGCUGUGGCCUUGGUUGCAAGUGGUGGCACCAGAAAAGUGUCAGAGAAGAAGAACUGGUGCCGGAGCAGAAUGAUGAUGGUAAAUCUGAAGGUGGUUGAAUAUUUGGACCCUCAGAUCAGAGCUCUGUGGGAAACCAAGGAGCCUGUGUUAGCAGGGUCUAGUGAAACACCUAUUUCACUAGCAAGCAGUCUUGAACCCAAGAACUCUUGUUGGCACUUCUGGAACUUCAGGUAUCACAAAGCAGCCGGACCCCGGGAGGCUGUCAGCCAGCUUCGGGAGCUCUGUCAUCUGUGGCUGAGACCAGAGAUCCACUCAAAAGAACAGAUCUUGGAACUACUUGUGCUAGAGCAGUUUCUAACCAUUCUGCCAAUGGACAUGCAAAUUCAGAUGCAGAAGCACCGUCCACAGAGCACUGAGGAGGCCGUGGCCCUGGUAGAACACUUGCAGAGAGAAUCUGAUCAAACAAGGAAUGGGGUUGCAGUCCCUGAGCUGGGAAAGGAUGCAAUACUCUUGCAAGAAACAACAGAGACCUCAAGUUUUGAACUGAAGCCAGCAAAGUCUCAAGCACAGGCUGUGCCUGCUCAACAGAUUCUAGCCUUUCCUGAGCAGACAAACACCAAAGACUGGGCAGUGGCACCUGAACUUAUCUUGCCUGAGUCCCAGAGCUUGUUGAAAUUUGAAGAUGUGGCUGUGUAUUUUUCCCAGGAUGAAUGGGAGCUAAUGGAUCUCUCUCAGAAAGUUCUCUACAAUGGCGUAAUGCAGGAAAACUAUGAUACUGUCAUCUCUUUAGCAUUAUCUGUGCUUCCCAAACCUAAAGUGAUUUCCUGUCUAGAACAAGAAGAACAAUGGGUUCAGGGAUCCUCAGAUUUCAAAGACAGUCCCAGGGAAUCUCCUGCAGGGAUAAAUGCCACUGAAAAUCAUCAGCCUUUACCUCUUUCUGACAUAGAAAUACAAACACCAAUUAUAAUAUCAAAAAAGGCUAAAGUUAAGGUUGCACUGAAAACAACAAGCAAACAGAAUCAUGAUGAUACACACAGAGUGGGAAAAUGGCACCAAGAUGUUCAGGUGAAGAAAAGAAAAAAAUUUUCAACAUGGAAACAAGAGCUGCUGAGACUUAUGGAUCUUCACAAGAAAGACCGUGCAGAAGAGAAACCAUUUAAAUGCCAAGAAUGUGGGAAAAGCUUCAGAGUAAGCUCUGACCUCAUUAAGCACCAAAGAAUUCACACUGAAGAGAAACCUUAUAAAUGUCAGCAGUGUGAUAAGAGAUUUAGAUGGAGUUCAGAUCUUAAUAAGCACUUAACCACACACCAAGGGAUAAAACCAUAUAAGUGUUCAUGGUGUGGGAAAAGCUUCAGUCAAAAUACAAAUCUUCACACGCACCAAAGAACUCAUACUGGAGAGAAGCCAUAUUCAUGUCAUGAAUGUGGGAAAAAAUUCAGUCAAAAUUCCCACCUUAUUAAACAUCAGAGAACCCACACAGGUGAGCAGCCGUAUUCAUGUGGUGUAUGCAAGAGAAACUUUAGUAGGCGAUCAAGCCUUCUUAGACACCAGAAACUCCACUGAUGAAUGAAAGUUUGUCCAGAAGACUUUCAUUCCAUGGAACUUAACUAUGAAAUGGCAUGCAGAAUUGUGAAGCAUGAACAAUAUUUCAAAAUUUUAGGGAUUUAGACAUGUUUCACUGGAAGGAAUCAAGGGUUGUGCUGCAGUGAGCACAUCAGUAUACUACUUACUGUUUUUGUUUUUAAAUGGCAGGGAAUUUCUUAACAAAAGAGGUGUUUUCAGAGUAUCCUGAAGAGGGAAGGGCUGCUUUUGGAUUGUAUCUGGGAGAAUAACUAUUUCGGCUUCCUAUAGCUGAUGCAGCCAGUCAGUGUUCUGUGAUCACAGAAUAUUGAUUUUCUAUCUAUUUCAGUCUUGACCAUGUAUGGUAAAAAUACAUGGAUGCUUCCAAGACAGAAAGCAAUAAUGUAUUUUUAUGUUUAGUUGCAAGCCAUUGUCUUCAGCAUAGCAGACAUUUCAGUUUCAACAAUCUAAUGAGGCAGAAACAAAACCUAAUGAAGAGUUUUCCAGGGUCCAAAUUGAAGUUUUUUUCUAUUGUCAUUAGACCCUGUUUACAAAGUUGUCUACUUAGCUGUGAGUACUCUGAUAUUUAAUACAGUGGGAGUUCUGACUGAAUUUUUUCCCACAUUUAAGACAAAGAGCUUGUUCUUGAACACUUUAGCAACUUUACCUUUUGAGUCCUUUUAGCACAAUUUUUAGUGUGUUGAAAUAAUAUUUACAGCCAGGUGUGGUGGUGCACACCUUUAAUACUAGCACUUGGGAGGCAGAGGUAGAAGGAUCACUGUGAGUUCAAGGCCACCCUGAGACUACAUAGUGAAUUCCAGGUCAGCCUGAGCUAGAGUGAGACCCUACCUCGAAAACAAAAAAAAAGAAAGAAAGAAAGAAUGCUUAUUUCAGCCUUAGCUAACCUGCCAGAUGAACUAAAAAUACAUUAUUUUAUGCUUCUCAUUGGUGGUGAUUAGAAACUGAAAAACAUCCUUAAUGAAGUUAUGUGAGAAUAGGUUGGAAUUUAUAGCCAUAUAAGUGUACUGUUAGAUACAAUUUUGUGUAACAAAAGCUAAGAUUUUGCUUACCUUACAAUGUUAAUGGGGAAAAGAAGCCAUGAAAAUUAGCACUUGCCCAAGGAAUGAGUUAAAACUAGUGGGAAUUUAGGAUGUACUCUUUAAUUUAAAAAGUGUAGCCUUUGUUUGUUACUGAAAGCAAGGUAUUUCUGUUCGCUUUAAGAACUGGAAUGUAUGUGUGUAGUCUGGUGGCUCAGUUGGCAUGAAGACCUGGGAAUCUAGUCAGCAGGAGACUGGGUUCCCAAAAGGGAAGGUCUGAGAACUGAUGCUGAGUGCUGAGCAAAGAUGGGCAAGUACAUGUCCAUGUUUUAUCUUGCACUGGAAGUUCUCAGGCAGUUUAUAUCUGUGCCUCUCCAAGCACAGUAUUUUAACAGUAACCUCAGGUGAAAGAGUUCAUAGAUUAUUAAUUGUUUGUAUAACCUGCAGAUUUUCUUAUAACUCACCUAUUUAGCUAUACCAGUGGCUAAAGUAUGUCUCUGUUAGGGCUUUCAGGUAUAUCAGGAAAGAGAUUAAAGAAAUUAUCUCUUCUAAAUUUUAGAAUUUAGACUGAGGAGAUGGCUCAGUACUUAAAGGCACUUGUUUACAAUCCUGCCAGGCUGGGUUUGAUGCCCCAGUACCCACAUAAAGCCAAUGCACAAAG